CAACGUAAUCCGUCUGUCCAAUCAAGUGAGGCGCUUGCAGCCCAGGAAAGAAGCAGAUGAUAUGGCAGCUUUGGGAGCGACCAGGUGGAACUUGCUUUGUUAACACGGCCAAACGUUUGAUUAUGAAAACAGUGUGUGUCAGAGACGGGAGCUGCUCGACAUGAUUUACUUAAUAUUGAUUUCCGCGUUCUCCGGGGCAGUCGUUACGUUGAUAUUACAGUUUCUGCUGAUAUACCGGAGAAGCCCCGAGCUCACAGGAAGGACAGUGCAGUAUGUCAAAGUAGUGCCCGAUAACGCAUUGAAGGAUUACUUUAAUACCCAACAUGCCGAAACAGGCCAGCAGCAGCAGGACAACACAGCAUCUGCUGCAUCCAAACAGCAAGAGGCCGUCUCCUCGAGGCAGCAGGAAGCGGCUGUCACCAGCGGCAGCCCCAAACAGCCGACACCGCCUUCUCAAAACGAGCUCGGUGAUGCGGCCAAAGUCGAAACGUGCAAUUUCCUAAAUGCUAUAUUUUUGUUCCUAUUCAGGGAGCUUCGAGACACCCCUGUCGUUAGACACUGGCUCACCAAAAAAAUCAAGGUGGAGUUUGAGGAGCUGCUGCAGACCAAGACAGCGGGUCGGCUCCUGGAGGGACUCAGCCUCCGGGAUAUCUCCCUCGGUAAUUCUCUGCCGGUCUUAAAAACGGCCAAACUUAUGAAGCCAGUCCGUCUGAACGAGGACGGCAUGCCAGAGGAACUCAACUUUGAGGUGGACAUUGAAUACAAUGGCGGCUUUCACCUCGCCAUCGACGUCGAGCUUGUGUUUGGGAAGUCUGCCUACCUGUUUGUUAAGAUGAGGCGCGUGGUGGGUAGACUGAGGCUGCAAUUUACGCGCAUGCCCUUCUCACAUUGGUCCUUCUCCUUCCUCGAGGACCCGCUGGUGGAUUUUGAGGUUAAGUCACAGUUUGAGGGAAGGCCGCUGCCUCAGCUCACCUCCAUAAUAGUCAACCAGCUGAAACGGGUCAUCAAAAAGAAACACACCUUACCAAACUACAAGAUCAGGUACAAGCCCUUCUUCCCGUUCCAAGUGCAGCCUCUGCUGGGUUCGACUUGUGAUUUGGAGCUGUCAAUCCAAGACAGCAGACUGGUGGAAGGUCGACUCAAAGUCACCCUCAUUGAAUGUAGCAGACUGUUCAUUCUGGGCUCCUAUGACAGAGAAACCUAUGUUCACUGCACCCUGGAGCUGAGCAGCCACCAGUGGAAGGAGAAGACUCGCAGCUCCAUCAAACGGACGGAGGUUGUCAAGGGGCCAUGUGGCAGUGUGGGGAUGACAUUCAGGCACGUCCCUGCCAGCGAGGGGGAUGCAGUGCACGUCAGCAUUGAGACUGUCACACCCAACUCCCCUGCUGCCUUGGCAGACUUGCAGAGGGGUGAUCGUCUCAUCGCCAUUGGAGGUGUCAAAGUGACAUCCUCUGUUCAAGUGCCCAAACUGUUGAAGCAGGCUGGAGACAGAGUAGUGGUACUUUAUGAGAGACCAGUUCGUCACCAGACCCCCUCUUUUGGAAGCCUCGGAACUCUUCAGGAAGGAUUUGGGCAGCUAGAGGAAACUGGUUUCAUUUCCCAGCCAGGUGGUUAUGAGGAGGACCCAGCUCCCAUCACCACCCUUUCCGACAUAUCCGACAGCAAAGACAUGGACUCUGAGUUUGAAGAGUUGAUUGUAGACUCCAAGCCUUUCCAGCCUGGUGGCCCUAACAGUGGCACAACAUAUACCAGUGAUACUAAGGAGGAUUCCUUACUUACUGUAAACCAAAGCCCCAAAAGGACUGUGGCCAACUUGGCCUCUAAGCCCCUUGGUACCAUAUCACCCAUCCUUAACCGCAAGUUAAAUCUGGUGGGUCUCCAGUCACCACUAAAGCCCCAGCCCAAAGAAUCACCAAAGCCCUCACCACAGAAGUCCAAUAGUGAUCCAGUGGAGGGCCCGCAACGCCCAAUUGUCCCUCCCCCACCUCCUCCCUCUCGCCCCCCAGUGCCGCCAAGACCUCAGAUUAGGUUAACAUCAGCCUCCUCAGAGACCAGUCUUUUAGAAGGCAUUGAUUCUGUUACAACUACUAAUGUUCCUGUUGUUCCUACCGUGACUACCACCAUCAGCACUUCUGAAAAAUCUCCAGAAAAAGCUCCUCCCGCUGGAGCCAGUGAGGACAAGACUGGCACUGAGAAGACAUGUGUCAAACUGACUGAGGUGAAGCAGUCUAGCAGGUCAGCAGAGUCCAGUGAUGAGCUGCCAGUCCCUCCCACUGUGACCAGCAGUGGCAAAGCUGAUCAAGCAAAGGACAAAGCUUCAGAGAGCUCCUGCAGUACACGGGACAGUUUGGAGGACCAUUCCCUCUGGGAAUCCCCAGAAACCAUGUUUCGUAACCAGACAGCACGCUGGCCCAAGGCCUCUGUUGUGUUUGAGGUGGAGAGCAACCAUAAGUACCUUAAUGUGGCCCUUUGGUGCAAAGAUCCCUUUAAGCUGGGCAGUUUGUUGUGCAUGGGUCAUGUGAGCCUUCAGCUGGAGCAUGUAGCCCUGGAAUGCAUGGCCACAUCUUCAGCCGAGUACCAGAGCACCUUUAGGUUGGGGCCUCCAGAGCCCAGAGCUAACGUCAGCCGCACUGCGCUACGCAGCCUCAGCACCCACAAGGGCUUCAAUGAGAAGCUGUGUUAUGGAGAUGUUACUCUGAACUUCUGUUACUUAGCUGAGGGGGAGGUAGAGUAUCCAGGAGGGCUAGCAGAAAGGGAACGAGAGGGGAGCCUCAUUGAUGAGGAUCUAAGGGAGAGGGAGCAUAUCCCCACUGCACAGCGUGAUGACUUGGUCUACGGCACCAUGCAAUUAGUGGAGGUUCGUCACAACUUCCAAGACACCCAGUUCCAAAACCCCACGUGGUGUGAAUACUGCAAGAAGAAGGUGUGGACCAAGGCAGCGUCUCAGUGUAUGAUCUGCGCCUAUGUUUGCCACAAGAAGUGCCAGGACAAGUGCCUCACUGAAAAUCCCUUCUGUGUGGCAGCAACUGAACGGCGCGGGGCUGACCCUGAAGCCAAAUCCACCAUUAAUCGGGCCACCACCGGCCUAACGCGCCAUAUCAUAAACACCAGCUCCCGCCUGCUUAAUCUCCGCCAGGUGCCCAAGACUCGACUGGUUGAGCAGGUGGCUGAUGUGGUGCCUGGAGCAGUGGAGCCCUCCCCUAAACAGACACCCAACACUUCAGACAAUGAAAGCAGUGAUACUGAGACCUACACCAGUGGCGCCAGCCCCUCAAAGCAGCCCGUCUGCAGUGGUGGCAGCAGUAAACUAGUACGCAAGGAAGGUGGGUUGGAUGACAGUGUGUUUAUUGCUGUGAAGGAGAUAGGCCGCGACCUGUACCGGGGGCUUCCAACAGAUGAGCGCUCCCAGAAGCUGGAGCUGAUGCUGGACAAGUUGCAGCAGGAAAUUGACCAGGAGCUGGAGCACAAUAACGCCCUCCUGCUGGAGGAGAGGGAGGCCACAGAUGCCCGACGCAAGGCCCUAAUUAGUACUGCAUUGGCCAAGUCUGGGGAGAGACUUCAGGCUCUCACUCUACUAAUGAUCCACUACCGGGCGGGCAUUGAGGACCUGGAGUCAGUGGAGAGCACCUCUCCUUCAGAGCAGCAUGUCUUUAAAGGGAAGGGAGAAGGCCUAGAGGAGGAGGCCCUGAUGGGGGCAGAGGUCUAUGACAGUGACAUAUGCAGCCCUGUGGAGGUGCAGCUGCUGGAUGACAUUACUGAGGAGCAGAUCUGUGUGGAGGCUCUCCACUAAAUUAGACCAGAAAGGAGAGAGAAGAGGAACAUGUGCUUUAGGCUUGUGCCUACUUACAAAAUUAUGUUCAGUUUGUUUUUUGGAGAUUGGGGAAUUUCAGCAGUCCACUUAAGAUAUUGGGUAUGUUGGGGUCCAGCAUUUGAUUCACACGUUAUUGUUUUUUUAUGUGAAAAAGAAAGGAUCGGUAAAGGAAUUUCCUCCCCAAGGGUUUAUGUUCUUGAUGUUUUGAUUUGCACAACGUGAUGCCAUUUUCAUGCACCUGAUUUUUAAAGGGAAGAGCUCAACUUUUUAAUCUGCCCUCAGUACUAGUGCUGCAUGUUAAUCCUCCAGGUUUUUUUCUCUAUGGCUUCAUUGUAAGCAUUAAAUUCAGUUUGCUUCUUGUCUGUAACUGCUCUGACAUAAGGACUUGAGACAAUGUGCACAUUUCUGUCAUCUACUCGUCUGAAUCAUCUAAACUUUGGAGAAGGAAAAUAAUUGUUGAAUAGUUGUUUGCUGUGAGAAACAUGCUCAUAUGAAGGUGACAUAUAUGAGUCAGUAACAGUGUGAAUAUUACCAGGGAGCUAGAGGUUAAGACAUCCACCUCAGUGGAAUAUGUUAUUGGUCUGAGGACCCUGCAAGCGGUCAUACAUAUCUUGUGUUUUCAGCACCUUUGUACUGUAAUAUAUUUGGAUUUUAGAAGUGACUCUCCCUGCUCAUAAAGCUUUUUGAGAAUGCCGCAGCUGCAUAAUUCUUAGUGGAAUCGUAUAUAUAGUCUGUGUCUUUCUUUUCUUCUGUUUUUGUGUGUUUGUAUUGAUUAGGCCAAACAUGGUUUACCAUAUAAUGCAUAUUUUUCUUUUGCCUUUUUUUUUUUUUGUCUUUCUCAGAACACCUCAUCAACUUCAAAAACUCAACUAUGGCACACUGCUAACAGAUUGAAACUUUCAAGGUGUGCAAUGCAAUGCGAGAAUUACAUAUUUGACUUUUUUGAUAAAUCUCUGAAUGAAUGUUAUUUAGAUGCUUUCAUUAUAUAAAAAUUCUAUAGAAUUAGAUUUGUCUCAAUAUUAUUUGUGUCAACAGUUGACAAUCUGGGGGUAGGUGUGUAAUCUCUAAAUAUAAAACUCCUUCCACAAAUACUAAAACAAGAUUUGAAAACUCACAAAAUAUUUUGCAAAUAUAAAACAGAUUUACAAAUACACAAAUUCCUCAAAAAUGAAUCUGUGAAUACAUUAAAUUUAUUUACCAUUAAUUUAAAAACAGAUUGGAACAUCUUCUUGAUGUACAACUUUUAAAUAGAUAUUUCUUAAUACAGUUUUUAUUUUUUAAUCUCAAUUCUAUGCUUGCAAUUUACAUCAUUUAACUUUUUUUUGUGUGUGUAUUUGCAGGUCUGUUUUAUAUUUGCAAAAUAUUUUUGUGAGUUUACAAAUAUUCUUUUCAAAAGAAUAUACAAAAAUUGUAUUUAGGGAAGUUAUUUUAUACAUACAAAUUACACAUUUACUAGGGUCGGGAGUCACCAGAGUAUCUACAAUACAAUAUUAUCACAAUACUUAAGUCAGGAUACAAUAUUUUUGCAAUUUUAAAUAUGUUGUGAUACAUUGCAAUUAAUAACCCCUUUUUCAAGUGUAAAUUAUGUCCUCAAAGGAAAACUUUGUCAACAUCAAAAUUUUUAGUCAAAAAGCACUUGAUUAUAUUAUUCUAAUAGACUACCUAAAGUUCAAUUUAUAUUUGUAAUAUUGCAAUACUAUGCUGUAUCGACCCCCCCCCCCCCCCCCCCCCCCCCCCCCCCCCCCUCCUGUAACAUACAGACAGAUCGUCAGACUGCUUGUACACAUAAUAUUGAGACAAGUCUAACUCCAUAAAAUUUCCCCAAAUUUAGUGUGUGUGUGUGUGUGUGUGUGUGUGUGUGUGUGUGUGUUAAUGAAGAUGCUUUCCAUGCUUCAAGAUGUUACAGUGUGAUUGAGUGCAGAUCUUUUGCCUUCAUGAGUUGUUUUCUUGCCCAAAAGAAUGUUAUUGAGCCCUCUCUGUGUUGUGUGUACAGCUGUUUGGCACUGCCUUCCCACAUUUCAUUGCUGAGCAUUAAUCUUACCUGUUCCAGUGAUUCUAUCAUAAGCAGAAACAGCUCUAAAAUGCUAAGCUCUUCUACAUCCUCAGAGAGCCACUGGAGAGGAUUGUUUGAAAGUAGGGAACAUCGUAAUGUCACGUACGUCCUUAUGGAAAUCUACCCUAAAAUACUUAACAUUUUCUUAAUCUGUUUGAUGGUGAUGUUUUUUUCUUUGUUUUUUUUUUCCUGUUGGUUAUUUUGCCAACACGUCACAUGCCAGCACAAAGACAAAUUAGUUCAUUAGUGGGUACUCAUUGAGACUGCUAUCAACAGCAGUCAGCAGGUUUUGGUAUCACACUGGGCUCACCCUAGAUGCUGAAGUGCCACCUUUUUCCAUUGCGUACUGCCUGCUUGCUUUUGCUGCCCAUGUUAACCAAUUGGGCUGUUCACACUGGAUGCGGCGCAGCGCUAAUCUCUGUGGCCGGCUUGCAAUUUGUAACGAUAGUUUCAGCAUCUGGUCUUUCUUUUUCCGAGAGCCACAAGUGAACCUAGCAAGAAAACACUGAAAAAGUUGAACAAUAAAAAGUGUAUAUUAAAUAUGAUAAUAUUACAAGAAUAAAUGACAGAAUACGCAUCCUAUGCUUCCACAUAUUUGCCAGUUGUGUCUAAACAGAGAGCGAGAGGGAGGAGUGGAGCCACACAUACACAUACUCACACACAUGCAGACAGAGACAAAGCUCUACAUUUGAUUUAAACAGAGCAGAGAGCAGAAUCACUUACUGACCUGCGCAGAAAAAUGCACUUCUGGUGUGAACGGCCAGGCGACUGCAGAAAGGCUGCUGCACAACAAUUAACAAAUCGGGCACUACCACGUCCAGUGUGAACCCGGUGUCAGUCGUCAGAAUUGUGACGCUCAGACAGGGAGAACUCAAAGGAGACAUGCAAGUAAAGGGCCAACAUUCAAUUGAAGUGGUCAAAAACAGCCGUGCAUUAACAAAAUUAGAUGAUGAAACAUCUGAGGGCUUACCAGAUGCUAGAAUGCUAUGCAGCUAUAAAUAGUACAAGAAAGGAUUUUUAAAAAUAUGGACAGUUAUCACAGUAGCAAUUAUUAUUACACUGUUCCUGACAAUCGUGGAAGUAAAAGUAGAACUACGCUGUUCAUCUAACAAAGUGUUCUUUUAGCAAAUUUGGGCUUAAACAAAAUGAUUAACCAGCAUCUUCCCAGAUGACUUUGCAUUGUAUUAAGGCCAAAAUUUAACCACUUUAAACUUUUUGCUGGAAAACCUGCAUCUCUGCAACAUAUUUGGAGUAGCCUUGUUCAAAUUUAUAGGGGGGUUUGUUUUUUCUUGUUGUGCUGAUGGCAGCCUGAAUGCCAAACACCUUUAUAUAACUUCUCUGUGGGUUGUUGAGUAGCAUUUUGGGACUUCUCCAGAAAAUUCAACAGCCACCCAAGAUAAAGAGGGUAUGUGGCUGGUGAUGGACUAGUGUGCUUCCAUUUUGAUGACCUACUUCACAAAAUCAGUCACCUGUAAUGAGCAUGGCAUAGGGCCCGACGAUAUGGCUUAAAAUAAUAUUGUGAUAUUUUUGGGCUAUAUCGUGAUACACAAUAUAUAUCACAGUAUUUUAAAAUCUCCUAAGUACUGUCGACUACUCAAAUACAAAAUUAAUAUAUGAACUACAGUUACAAUAAAGUUACAUAAAAGUAGCUACUGUCAUGAUAAAGUUGAAUAAAAUACUGACAUAAUGAAGUUGAAUUAAGUAUUGUUAUAAUUAAAUAAAUCAAAGAGGAACCACUGGUGCUUUUAUUUUGAAGCACCUGGCUCAUCUAGGUGUGGAAGUGUUGAUGUUUUUGCUGUGAACUUGGAGCUUCAGGUCAACAGCCAGAUGUUAGCAGUUAGCACAAAGUUAAACUGUUGCCACUGCGCCUUUAAACGUUAGAAUUUAUUCACUUUGAGCUGGAAACAAACUCACAGCUCUCCAGUCUAUAUAUUAAUAACGCAGUAGUGCCCCAUGGUCACAAAAUGUGACUAAAUAGUCACGGUGUGGAGCCCUACAAGUACAAAGACCCACGCUUCCUCUGCUCAUGCUAUCAUUAAUUUCAUUAAGUUAAACUGUUACUUAGGCACCGUUAAACGUGAUUAUUUAUUCACUGUGAGUUGGAUGCAUACAAACAGCUCUCCAGUCCAUAUAAUAUUAUUUGCAAGUCACAGUGGUGCUCCAUGGUUGCAAAAUGUGACUAAAAAUUAGUGGUCUGGGGCCCUGCAUAUAAAAGACAUGCUGACACACCAUCGCUCAGGAGAAAGUGACCUGGAUAGGAUAGAUGGAGGAUUUAACUCAUACAAAAAUAAAAACAAAAAAACAUCACCCAAACUGCAUAGAACAUCGUUGAGGUCUGAGUUAGCUGAGGGUAGUUUUUUUUUUUUCUUAAAUGUAAUUCUAAAAGGACUUGUCCACACUAACAAGAGAAGUUAUCAGCCAGACUCUGUGGAGGCAAAGGUACAUUUCUGGUCUUUUCUGUGUGAUAGAUAUGUGGCCCAUGUAGAUAUUGGCUUACUGGCUGCUAUACUUGUCAACCUCUGUAUAUCCAGAUUUUUGUGCAAUAUUUUUGUAAGAAAUGAAGUUGAUAAUCAGGAAUGAAUCCCCUUUUUUCUUUUUAAAAACGUGAUCUGUGUGCCCAUCCGUCUGGUAGUGUAACCUGAGGGUUUCUGGGGACCAAUGAGAACCUGAAUGGAGGAAUUCACUCCAUAAACCCCUCUUUUGGCUUGAGAGGCACUGCUUUUGCUGCUACUGCUGUUGUUACAAUGUGCUCUUCCACAGAGCUCACACGCUUUUAAACCCCCCACCCCCUCCUAACCUUUGAAACUGCACUUACAACAUGACCUGUUGAGAUGGUGUUUGUUUUUCUUUGUGUAUGAGGGAUGUUGUACACAGUUUUUGAGAAGGCCCAUGUGAAGAAGCUUUAUUGUACAUAACCUAAAUAAACAAGCUGAAAUGAA